AUGGCGCUCAGGGAUACCAACACCUUCAAUGUUCUACGGCCAGCCCCUGCAACGAUGCUCUAUAACGUCAUCGGCUCGUUCAGUAUCUCCGGCCAGCAGAUCGACGUCUCUGCUGGGACUGUGCUGGCCUUUUUCAUAAAGCUCUGUCUGGGCUUCGCCGUAUCGACAACUUUUGCGAAGGUGGCUUGGAGGGCAAUCAAUUUUAAGUCAGCAAAAGUCGGGACCUUGGACGAGGAAAAUUCUGCAUAUUAUGCCAUUGGCCAUCAUUUUCUGCGUUGUCUGAUAGACAUCGUAAAUGCUGGAAACAGGAGGGUUGCUGCCGGUUGCUUCAUUCGUUACUCCAGCUACGUUGACGGUCCGUCUAGUCUCUACGAUGAAGUCCCACAAGUAGACUUCAAGUCGCUGAAUUUCGCAUUCUUACCUGUUGCAAACGGUCCUUCUUCCGUUUUUGAUCACGCUGGCCCGCAAUAUCCCGUGCAAAGGGUAGUCAGUGCAACGCUUACACAAGGUGAAAUAUUGCUUAUCAGCUUACCCAAAACGAGUUCCUUUUGGAUGCUUGACUUCCACGGCCCAGCGGUGAAAUGUGCGCCGGUCAACACGACCUGGCAUCGUCAGAUCCGGGAAAACAUCUUCGACAUGACGAACUCGACCGAUCCGCCAUGCGGCAUAUCCUACGGUUACAUAUCAUGGGUACCGGAUGCAUCGUCGCCAGAUGGCUUCUUGCCAUUCACGACCAUCACUGCUGGAGGGAAAUUGACCCUCCGUCUCGGCACGCUGGGGCUCCAGGGUGAAGCAUUUUAUGCAAGCGAUGGAGGACUAUACCCUUCUUCCUUUCCAGCCCUGUCCUUCCUGGUUGCGGUGUUUCCCAGCAUGGACACGGGAUUUCUAAUGGAUAGCUGUGCCCUUGAGGCACCGGCAUUCGCGGACUUGACCAUCUUCCAAUGCUCUCUCUUUAACGCGUUGUAUGUGAGCAACUAUAGCUACGUGAAUGAAGUGCAGAAUAUAAGCACGUCGGUGCUUCUACCGUCACUGAACUCGGUUGGCUAUCUGGGCGGAAGGCGCCGAGCCCAUUGGCGUAUUGAACGCCAAUGGGGCAUUAGUCCACAGUGA